UACUCUUAGCCAAUCAGUUCUCGUGGUGUUAUCAAACUGGUUCAGAAGAUUUUAUCAAUGGUAGUCGCGUGGGUGUACAAUCUCAUGCGAUACGUACCGAAAUCCCUGCACCUGUUCCAGUUCAGGUCGAAGUGAAAAGAGAUAAACAAUAUAUUUCCCGAGACUAGGGUUCUGGCAAACAAUGCACUUACCUAAACUAGUGAAUCAUCUGCGGAGCUGUAGCAGCUACGCAAAAUUUCUUAUCAGACUGCAUAUCGAGUCAUACGCCUGCAAGUAAGGCAUACGGUGCUAUGUUAGUCUGAAGGCUCCUCAAGAGGAACGAAUUGUAGACGUAUUGAGCGAGUAAUUGUCGUUCGUUAAAGAAUCGUUGUGCACCCAUACGAGUCCUUAGUAUUAUCACGUCAGCACACUCGGGUGUUAAUUCUUAUUUCUAUCGAAGAAUUACAUAAUAUAUGUGCAUGAGUCACAGGGUGUAUAAGAGAGACGUGUAAACGUCAAAAUCGUGCUGCUGCAAUUUUCUUGCAUUCUAGCUUGGAUCUGUGCAAAGAAUUCUGCGGAGCAUUUGCAAUGAAUAGAAAAUACUAUGUUGUCUGGCGAUGAACAGAAGUACUACUAAGAAAUGGCAAUUCUGGAAUUGAAAAUAUUCAAACAUAGGUGCAUGAUUUCAUAGCUGUGGAAUUGUGGCCAUUAUAUUAUAGUGUUCAUCCAGAUAUUUGUUAAUUGAACAAAGUAGUUGUUCAUAUAGCACUUAUUUUGUGAGAAAUGCCAGCACCACCUCCACCUCUCCCAAGUUUGCCAGAGGCACCUAUGUGCGAGAAAACAGAAGUAAGCGAUGCGGAUUCUCUGCCUUCGUGGGCCAAAAUUACCCUUACCUCUGCAGAGGCAGAGAUUGAGAAACUAAUAGCUCGAAAUGAGUUAAAGGAUGCCGAAGUCACAUAUUUUUGUCAAGUUGAGCCAAUUUUGCAAGAUGGACCACAAUGUGGUUUAGUGGCACUUGCUAUGGCAUCACAAGAAUAUACAAAACCAGUUUCUGUAAGUCAACUUUUAGCAGAAGCACGUGUGAGAGGCUUUACGCAACAUGGGGAAGUAUACAGCGUUGAUUUUAUGGGUACAUUAGCAGCUGAAUAUUUACCCGACCACAGACCAGAUAUUUUAGUAGAUUUACAACAAUGUCCAGAUACCCUAACUCAUGCUUUAGCUCACGGAGCUAUGGUAUUGAUUCCAUAUGAUUCUGAUUUUAAUCACGCCCCAUGUUUGAAAAGAGGCCAUAAAGCCCAUUGGGCAUUACUUGUGGGUCUAAUUUCAUCUAGACAAGGAUAUCAUGUCUUAGCACGCCAUGGAAAAUCACGUCAUUUAGCUUGUUGGCCGCUGCGCGAUUUAAUUGAGAGCAAUGGUAAUUUGGAAGAAGAAGGAACAGCUAAACAUGCUGGAGGAUAUGUUAUACCAAAGGGAGGAGUCGGAGGUCAGAGAGGUUUACGUGGUAGGGCACUGGCGUUACAUCCAUACAUAUAAAACCAUGUACAAGAAUUGUAGGUAAUUGAUAUCACAGUGGAAGACAAAAAUUACUUUAUAAUGUUACUAUAUCCAUAUUAUGGUAUAUAGUAAAUAUUUAAAACGUAACAACGUUUUCACAGCUGCCACAAAAUUUGUUUGUGAAAUGUGAUGGUUUAAGUACCAUGUAUUUCAAACUUGCAUUGCAAAUUUAUUCAACAUCCAGUGGAGAGUAUCAAUCUUCAAAAUUUUCGUAUUAGAUAGAAUAACAGAUGAUAUUCCAUUUGUUACGCUUCGACACACAACAUAAAUAAUAAUAUAUGUUUGACUUACAUGCACGCGACUAUUUCGGUACUAUUCUUUCGUGUGUCGAGUAUUAAACUCUUCCUGUGAUGCAAUACGUACUAAGCAUGCGCGUAAUUUAGUCUGAAAAAAUAGGCAUGUACACGUGCAUGAAGGGGCAAAUGUGAAGAAAACAAAGUCUAUAAAAAUAUCUACAUUAAAUAGCUAUCUAAGUGUAUUAGCUAGGGAGUUAUCGAAAUCGUAACUAGCCGGGAUGAAAAGAUCUAAGUAUAUUUAUUUAGCGAAAAGAGAUCAACAAAGUUUUCGAUAAUAAUUGUGAAUAUUUUUAUGUUGAUAUUAUGAAUAAAGACUACAUCUAUCGCAAGUCUCACAAUUGCAUUUGAGGCAAUAAAACUUAAUGUUCAUGUGCUAUAUCAGAUCAAGUGCAUUGCUUUUAAGAUACGUAAAGAAUAACGAUUAUCAAGAUUGAAUUGAUUACUUUAUAUUAUCGUGUAAUUAUUAUAUCAGACUUUUACCACAUAUUAUGUACAUGUAUGUAAACAUAAAAAUAAUCUCCAUGCCGUUCUAUCAAGAAUACUACCGAUUUCAUUUUGUUGUACUUUGUGAUAAAUAUUCUCACAAAAUUUGAUUGAAUAUCCUAAAAGCAAUGUGCUUUUAAAAAGGAAUUUUACUGUGUAGAUUAUAUAACAUGCUUGUUUUACUAUUUAUUUACUAAUAUGUAAAAUAUGAGUGUAGUCCUCAUAAUUUAUAUAUACGUAUAAAUAUAUAUAUACACUAAAUUAUAAACCUGAAGAUACCUUAUAACUGGCUGGUUUCUUCAGUUAUGUGGUAUCUUAAGUGUUUUCUAUCAAAUCUGUCAGUAAGAUGCAUACAGCAGGUUUUCAAAAGAGAUGCUAUAAAUUUGUAGAUUCCUUGAAUGGUUUCAAAUCGAAUAAAAGAAACCAGUGCAAAUAAAGUGUACCCAAGUGCCGCAAAAUAUGAGGUUCAUUUAUUAACAGAAGAUUGUACACUGUACUGCUUGUUUUUACAAGCGUCUCUGAAUUUAUUAUUGCGUCAUAACUAAAUACUCUGUAAAAAUAUUUAUUUCCAUAAGUUUUUUUUUUUAAAUAUUUA